GAACUUUUUUUGAUCUCAUGGGAAAUCCUAAACAUUCAAUUAAAAAGGAGUUUACCGACAAAGUGUCGCCACGCAACCAGGUGCCUCAGCCACCGUCUACGGCCGCGCUGCAUGUUAUCGAUCUCAGUACCAGCGAGUCGGAUUCCGAUUCCGGCGAUGGGAGGCCCAGAAAGAAGCGGAGGAGUGUGGAGACAUCGGGUGUUUCGUUGCCUUUGGGAUUCUUGGAUCCUCUGCAUGAGUCUCUAGACUCGCCUCUCCUCUUGCCGCCUCCGUCUUCUUCUUCGCCGUCUCCAGUUCCGGCUGAGAAUGUUAACGGAAGUGGUGUGCAGGAUUGCAUUGUCAAAAGUAGCUCCAAGCAGUUCUGGAAGGCCGGGGAUUACGAAGGGGACUCUCGCAAUGAUUGGGUAUCCUCCUCAGGUGGAAUGGACCGCGUCAGAGUUCACCCUAAGUUCUUGCACUCCAACGCAACCAGUCACAAAUGGGUUCUUGGAGCUUUUGCGGAGCUUCUAGACAACUCACUGGAUGAGGCCAUUAAUGGAGCAACUUAUGUGAACAUAGACAUGGUCAAGAGUAAGAAAGAUGGGAGCAGAAUGUUGAUGGUUGAAGAUGAUGGUGGUGGAAUGGACCCAGAUAAAAUUCGGCAAUGUAUGUCCCUCGGAUAUUCUGCGAAAAGCAAAAUUGCAGAUACAAUUGGGCAGUAUGGUAAUGGAUUUAAGACGAGUACAAUGAGACUUGGAGCUGAUGUUAUUGUGUUCUCACGCUAUCCUGGGAACCCUGGAAAGAGACCUACCCAGAGUAUAGGACUCCUCUCCUAUACCUUUUUGCGUAGCACUGGGAUGGAAGACAUUGUUGUUCCCAUGCUUGAUUAUGAAAAUAAAGGGAAAGCAUGGAAUCCCAUAAUCCGGUCAUCUGCUGAAGACUGGAACAGAAAUGUUGAAAAUAUAGUUAGGUGGUCCCCAUUCUCAAGUGAAGCAGAUCUUCUUAAACAGUUCAAUCAGAUGAAAGAUCAUGGUACCAGAAUAGUGAUAUACAAUUUAUGGGAAGAUGACCAAGGUCUACUGGAAUUAGAUUUUGAUGCAGAUCCACAUGAUAUCCAAAUAAGAGGUGUCAAUCGAGAUGAAAGAAGUAUACAAAUGGCAAAACAGUAUCCUAACUCCCGCCAUUAUUUGACUUAUCGUCAUUCAUUAAGGAGUUAUGCAUCAAUUCUCUACCUUAGAGUUCCGCCGGGAUUCCGAAUGAUUCUUCGUGGUAAAGAUGUACAACAUCACAACAUAGUAAAUGACAUGAUGAUGACGCAAGAAGUCACGUAUCGUCCUCAAGCUAGUGCAGAUGGUGUUCCGAAAGAUUUUAAUAUGGUUGCUGUAGUAACUAUUGGGUUCGUGAAGGAUGCAAAAGCUCACAUUGAUGUUCAAGGAUUUAAUGUUUAUCACAAAAAUCGACUUAUUAAGCCCUUUUGGAGGCUAUGGAACCCCGCUGGAAGUGAUGGACGUGGAGUUAUAGGGGUUUUGGAGGCCAAUUUUGUAGAGCCAGCACAUGAUAAGCAGGGGUUUGAGCGCACCACAGUUCUUUCAAGACUUGAAACCAAAUUAAUUCAAAUGCAAAAGACAUAUUGGUCACAAAAUGCUCACAAGAUUGGAUAUUCUAUGAGGUCAAAAAAGAAAGCUAAUCCGGAAAAAGAGGAGGGCUUUGUCUCUCCAGCUUCUCAAUCUAAAAACAAGAGCGGUGCAAAGUCUGACAAGGGUUACAGUACUGCUUACGUGAAGGGGAAGCAUAAUAUGGGAACUCGAACAUCUCAAAGAUCAAAUUGUGCUGAGUCAUCAUUGCCUUAUGACGAAGAUGACAAUGACGAUGAUGUGCAAGCUAGUGGGGAAAACAAUCGAGCAAAUGGUGUUUCUCAAAAGUUGUUAACUUCCAGCAAAAGCAAUGGAAAAGGUACAUCUAAGACAAUGCUUUCACCACCAGGAUUCACGAACGCAGAUCUUGAGAACGAUGGGUCGCCUGGUGGAAGAUGCAAUCAUUUAUUUAAAAAUUCAGAAUCCCAGUGUGAUACUAGUAAUGCAAAUGGAACUUUGCAGUCAGAUAAGUUAUUGGAGACCAUAGAUCAGUUGAAAAGAGAGAACUCUGACCUUAAAAAAAGGCUGAAAAAGAGUGAGGAAGAGAUUUUAGGUGAUUUGCUGCAUGAUUUACAGAAUGAAAGAGAGAAAAGUGAAUCUCUUGAAGCUCAGGUAAAUGAAGCAAAACGAAAGAUCGAGGAACUAAACAAGGAUCAAGAAAGAUUGGUUGACAUUUUUUCAGAGGAGCGGCUCCGACGUGAUACAGAAGAGGAAAAUUUGAGGAAGAAAUUAAAGGAAGCCUCAAGUACUAUCCAAGGUCUGCUUGAUAAAAUAAAGCGGUUCGAAAGAAAGUGAUGGUGGGAAAUCUGAUGGGUGGUGCUCUUUGCUAUAAUGUACAUCUCUCGUUCAUACUCCCACCCUAUGUCUCCAGUGUAUAGGCAGUCAAUGCAGUAAGGUGGGUGGUGGCAUGAAUGAUUUUUCCCACUUUUAGAUGUAUUAUUGUUCUCUCUGUAUCAUCAUCAUCAGUGUAGGAUUAUCACCGGGUUUAAAUGUGUCAUUUUAUGACUCCACAAUAUUACAACGAAGACGGGCUUUGUAAUUCAAUAUUUCAGUGUCGUGAGAAUAGUUGUUUGUAACUUGUAACUUGAAUGUUUCUUAUUUAUACCGUCUUCUUGUACCGAUUUUCUUCUCUCUUUAUGUUCUCACAUUUCACUCAAGAUCUAACAUAAAUAUUGGAAACGAUGAAAGGUUUUAUA